GCAUAUACACACUUGUUUACUUCCAGAUAUAGUUAUAUGAGUCUUCGGUUUUGUUGCUUUUCCCAAGGUAAUAAGAAGAAAAAAAAUGCAAAAAUGUUUGUUACCUGAUUUUUUCGUUUGAAAGUUUUUUUUUUCUUUUCGAUUGCAACGCAUAAUCGUGUAUGCGUGUGUUCUUGAUUAAGCUUUUUCAAGCGUUAAUCUGCCUUAAAUAAAUUCGCAUGGAUAUGUUUCUGGGAAGGAAUUCCAAAGGGUAACUUAUUUUUGAUUUCAGUUAAAAGCAUUUUUGAAAACAUGUUCAAAAGCAAAAAAAAAAGAAGAAAAUUUGAUCAUUAAUUACGCUUAAAAGCACCACAUCAGAAAAUGUGACAGUAACAUUGAAAGAUUUCUUUACUGGCACUAUAAUCUCACGUAUCGUAUAUUGAGUUGAACGUAAGAGCAAUUUAUAUUUGAAAAGCCUAAAUAAAAUGGAGCUUACUUCAGCAGAAAUGAUUGAUUCAUUUUGAAGUUAUGUUACGUUUAGACUCCAUAAAAGUCAAAGGAAAUCUGCUAAGGCUACGAUUUGCCGGAUAUCGCUAGCGGCUAACUUCGCGAAGCAGCUUUGUAAACCUUUUCUCUAAUACACAUUUUGUACUUGCGAUACAUUUAGGCAUUUGUCCAAAAUUAGGAGAAUUUUUUUUUAUGCAUAUAGCAUGUCCAGUUUGUGCGAAACACAGGAGGGCUUUAGAUAGGCCCACGUUUUAUUAUGCCGAUCGAUUCCAGGACUAUGCGUCUGUCCGUCAUGUUUUCUUGAGUUCAAUCUCAAAAUAGUUCUGAUCGAAUUGUGAGGAGCAUGACCUCCUUCUGAACACCCUUGGAAUUGCUUAGGUUGAAUUCUCUUACAUUUUUUGGUUUAAUCAAGAUCGGGUUUCAAAGACAACGUUUUGCUGACAGACAUCUAACUUUAGACCCUCUAAAGCCCUCUAAAGAAAAUUAUCAUAAAAAAUGUCAUAAAGGCUAUCCCUUUUGAGACGGAUUAGUAGGUUUCGAUCGGAUAUUUAGAUUAUCGGAAGGCAUACUCUCAACAACCUAGAAAGGCAUUAAAAUUCCUUGUUGUUAUUUUCCAUUACCUAAUAUGUGUCGAAAGAAAUGAUUACUUAGCUUAACGGUAAAUCCAUAAACCCAUUUCCUAAUUUACAAGCCAUUAAAUUCCGCUUGUUCGUGUCGGCUGUCCACGCUUGUAGUUUUAGAAAGUUACUUGCUUCGAUCUAAAGAACGGCACGGCCAAUCCUCAGCUGGAAUCAACUGCUUUGAUCAAUUUUAGCACAAUCUGGUUACUUAUAAUUAAAGCUAACUUAAUCUAACUGAGUUUAGCACGCCGCCCAAACGACAGAGAAGCGUGGUCAAAAGGUGUUAUAGGGAAAGUGAUCGGAAAUGUGAUGCAAUCCGAACCAUUUUUAAUAGGGGCGUUCUUGGAUAAAGCGAUUUCGGGUUACCGAAUUGCAAAAAAAAAAGUCUCAAAAAUCGCAUCCAGUGUCUUAAAGACAAGAAAACAAAGCGGACAAAAAACUGAAAUCGCUUCACAAAGUAACUCUGAGAGAAAUUCUGGUACUGAGAUUUUGAAAGUCUUUCUAAAACGAUUGCUACAAUAAAAAGCGGGUCUAUUUUAAGCCCUUCUGCAUGCUGUGUAUAUAUGCACAAACCUAAUAUGCCCUCAUACCAUCUAAGUAUCUAAGCAAGCGCGCUCCAAUGAACUAACUUUUCUUUCUUACAACACUUUUUUUCAAAAGCGAUUUAUAAAAGUACAAAUUUACUCUGCGUACACAUGUCUGAAAAUGGACGAUGUCUUAUAUUACAAACUUAUAUGCAUACUCACAAUAUCUUAUAUACAAUAUAUUUAUAAAAUUAAAAAUAAAUAAAAUUUGAAACUUUAUGGUUCGCAUUACGGCAAAGCCCUAAGGGAUUUCCCUACAAAGCACUCGCUUCUACACAUGCGGAGCGCUGACCACACAUUAUGAGCUUUCAAAAUUGGUUUCAAGAGUGGCUAAUAUAAUUCUCCAAUUCGCGUUUCAUAAUUUUUCUAAUAAUUAUCAAUUAUUUUCUUCGCACGUAAAAUAAAUAAAAAUUUUUUUAUUCAUCAUCAGCGAAUCAAUCAAACAAAUUGGCUGUAAAUGCCUAUUGAAUAUAAAUAAAGAAUGAAAAAAAAUUUAAAAAAAAUAUGUAUAUACAAAAACAGUAUAACUAUAACUCAACAAUUUACGCAUUUUGUAAACAAGCCCAUAUACAUAUACAUAUAAAUAGGCGUAGGCAUAGAACUGACUUCAAUUCGUUGAUCAAGUAAACAUGCUUCUGGGAGAGUGUGCGUAUGUGUAUUUAAGCAAUUUAUGCUCUUUAUAUAAACAAAAGAAGAAAAUGCAAAUCAUCUAGAAAACAAUCAUAUUUAUACAACAGCAAUAGCAACAACAAAGUUAAAAAAAGAACAGCUAAUGACUAAUUAAUUAUAUUUGUUUAAGGGACGUUAGAAAUAUUUAUAAAAAAAUAAGAAGAAUAAAGAAGUAAUAAAGAAAAAAAGAUCAUUUUUAACCGUAGAAAGAAAUGUGAUAAGUUAUAAUACAAAGCUCAUAAGAAAAAAGAAAAAAUUCCUUCAACUACUAUCUACCGCUAAGAAGAAAAAUUCCUGGAUCGCCUUCUGCCAAGAACACUUAACAUUAAAAUUAUCGUAAAGUGAAAGACUAAUGCAAACGUACUUAAUUAUUGAAACCACUGUUUACUUAAGUAUUUAGCUUAAUAAGAUUUUAUUAACGGAUUGUAUCCUUCACACCGCCUGUACAUUUGAUAUUCAAUAAGAAGGACAUUAGAAACUCUAUUGUAAAUCAUAAAUAACUCUCAGAGGUUCGCAGGCAUUCUGAAUCUUACGCGUAUCAUACAUAUGCUUAGAUUUUCAUUUUAUCCGACUUUCCUGUUUCUUUGUCUUUGCGGAGGAGGAAAGCUUAGAUAAAGUAGAGUGAUGUAGAGCGAAAGUGUGGGAGAACAUAAUUAACACAAUUCGGAGGGUUCUUGCUUGCUUAUUGGAAAAGACGAAUAGAAAUGUAUAUAAUGAGAGCUCGAGUCUUCGGAACUAAAACGAUUUGUGCAGAGAAAUGGGGAAUAUGUGUAUAAAACUCAAUUAGAUAUUUGCUUGCCUCCGAAAAUGUCUCGAUGAUUUUGUGUUGUGGCCUUGGUCUGACGACGGAGCUAUUUUGAUGUGUUCCCGCAAUAUUAAGAUCUCGGUAGCGCUGUUUCUUAUUUUGGUUCCCAUAUUCACGGCUCUGCCUCACAGUCACAAUCUGUCGAAAAGAAGUAAUUUUUUCGAUUUGGAAUGCAAGGGCAUCUUUAACAAGACUAUGUUCUUUCGUUUGGAUCGCAUCUGUGAGGAUUGUUAUCAGUUGUUCCGUGAAACAAGUAUACAUCGACUUUGCAAGAAAGACUGUUUUGAUUCGAAGUGGUUCGGCGAAUGCUUAAAAGUUCUACUAAUACCGGUCGAAGAAGUAUCAAAAUUACAACAUUUCAUCAAAGUUAUAAAUGGUUCACCGAUAACAUUUAAUAUGCCGCCGGUACCGACAUAACUGCUUCAUAUUUAAGAUUCUGGUCGCCAAAGUGUUAAAAUGUGUUUUCUAUUUUGCAUGAAAAUCAAAAAAUAAUAAAAAAAAAAAGCAAAGAAGAAAAAAAAAACAAAGAUAGAGAAACAUUGAUAAACUAACUAAUGGAGCUUAAAUUAUUUUUUUGCUAAAUAAUUUGUACUUAUUUAUUUUAUAAUUAAUUUGUAUAAUUAUAUUAUAU